GAAAACUUUGCAUUUUCCUUAAGUUGGGCAUGGACACUCGAUGCGCCAUUUAUCGGUCACAGGACAAACGUAUCUUGGGAAGUGAAUCGCCAUGGAUUUGCCUCUUCUUCCGUUCUUCUCUUCCCCUCCUCUUGCUCGCCUCUCUCUUCCUGCUCACCGACCAGGUACGCCCGCAGGAGGCCUUUGAUUCAUUGGAGUCACUGCAGGAACGGGGUUUUUUUGUUCUCAAAACAUACCAAAGUCCAGUAAGACGUAGUGUUCAAGGAUUUACAUGGGAUUCCUCCAACCAUCAGCUCAACCACAAUAGAAGAAACUUUGCAUCCAAGAGAACUAAUGAUUUAAUUCAUGCUAAUGCUACAUCAGGGCAUCCAUUAGGAUCCCAGCCUGAAGCUCAUAAUAGGUUGAAAUUAGCACUGAGUGCAAUAGAUGCUUUCUACAGAUUUUCACGUCCUCACACAGUUAUAGGAACAGCAAUGAGCAUAGUUUCAGUCUCCUUAUUAUCUGUUGAGAGCUUAUCUGAUCUUUCUCCUUUGUUUUUAACUGGAUUGUUGGAGGCUGUUGUUGCUGCACUUUUCAUGAAUAUCUACAUUGUUGGACUAAAUCAAGUAUUUGACAUAGAAAUAGACAAGGUUAAUAAGCCAAGUCUGCCUUUAGCUUCUGGGGAGUAUUCACCAAGAACUGGAAUCACAAUUAUUUUGAGUUUUGCUGCCUUGAGCUUUGGUGUUGCAUGGUUUGUCGGGUCCUGGCCAUUAUUUUGGGCCCUUUUUGUCAGCUUUAUCCUUGGAACUGCAUAUUCAAUCAACUUGCCACUUCUAAGAUGGAAGAGAUUUGCUGUGGUUGCAGCACUAUGCAUUCUAGCUGUUCGUGCUGUGAUUGUCCAAGUAGCAUUUUUCUUGCACAUGCAGACAUUUGUUUUCAGAAGAUCAGCUAUUCUGUCCAGGCCAUUAAUAUUUGCAACUGCAUUUAUGACUUUCUUCUCUGUUGUUAUUGCGUUGUUCAAGGAUAUUCCUGAUCUUGAAGGAGAUCGUAUUUUUGGCAUUCGAUCUUACACUGUUCGUUUGGGUCAACAACGGGUAUUCUGGAUAUGCGUCUACCUCCUUCAAGUGGCAUACAGUGUUGCCAUAAUGAUUGGGGCCACCUCUUCCUGUCUAUGGAGCAAGAUCAUUACUAUUUUGGGUCAUGCAGUCCUUGCUUUAAUUCUGUGGAGUCGUGCUAAUUCUCUCGAUCUCACGAGUAAAGCUGCAAUAACAUCUUUCUACAUGUUUAUUUGGAAGCUCUUCUAUGCAGAAUACUUGCUCAUUCCACUAGUGAGAUGAUUCCUGAAAACAAGUUGAAAGUGUAGAAGGAAGUUACUCCAAUCUUCAAGAUGGAUUAUCUACAUAUGAAGCCCAACUAGUAUUUCAGAGACUAUCCGGAUGAAUCGGCUCGCACGGUCAUCCAUGAAAGUAAAUCUAAUUUCAGAAUUUUAUCUAAGUUAUUUUGCGUAGAAUAUAUAAAUGAGAAGGAUCUUAGUUGCUAGCAAUUUGAUAAAAAAGAAUAAAAAAAAGUGUUCGUCAUACUGCUAUCAAAAAGAAUAAAAAAAGUGCACUCUUAUUAUUUAGCUGGACGAAAGGUGGCAGACACAAAGGAUCAGAUGAAACUUUGUGGCGACCUCCAUUAAAUUUUAGGACUAUUCUGCCUCAUGGGAAGGGUUAUCUUUAUGGUCGUGGCAUCGUUUUAGCGCACUAGCUCAUUAUUGUUUGGACUGUCUUAGUUGGUAGCUGAACAAUCUCAACCCAACUACUAAUCCACAUGAAAAUCCAAUAAAAACACAAUUCUAUUCAGUUUCGUA